CAUAUCUCUUUUGUUCUGUGUCUCAGUCAUUGGUGUACGGCUGCUCAGCCAGAAGAAAUGGCCCAAGCUGGAGGUCUGAAGCAUCCCAAAGCUGGAGAUAAGUGUAUGGCUGCCUCAGGAACGGAGAGAAGCCAGGGUUGUGCUGAGCUGCCAUGUCUCAGUGAUCACGCUCCGUGGAAAGAGUGCUUCUAUGAAAAGGUGCAGCAGAGGUCCCUGCGUCUGCAGGAGGCGAAGGUGAAGGCGAUUCGUGCACAAAAGGCAGAAGAAGAAAAGGAAAACAAGCGAGAGCCCUGCGAUGGGCUGUGCCAGGAGUGGUUCAGGAAUGAGGAGCAGUCUCUGGAUGCUCGCACCUAUUUGACGGACAAACUCCUACCGACGUUAAUCCCAGGGGUGGAAAAACUGUUAAUGGAAAUAGAAAGGAAGGACGUGCUGGCCCCAGGCACGGAGCAUGCCAAAUUUGACCCCAUCACUUUUCUUGGGGAAUAUCUGAUGAGACAUAACCCUCAGUAUGACACCUGUACCAAACCGGGCCCCUACCUGAGGGGACUGAACGUGGUCACAGAGGAGCUAAAAAGAGAGAUCCCAGAUACGGCAUCGGAGAGGCUGGCCAGGAUGAAAUCUGAGGCAAAAACCAAACGUAAGGAAAGAGAGCAGGCAGACAGAAUGAAGUGCCAGCAGAAAGAGAUGAGAAAAGCAGCACUGGCAACUCAGUUCAAAGAAUGGAGAGCGGAUGUCAGUGGCAGAGUACCAGUUGCACUGAUUCAGAGUGCAUUGAAGAUUUUUCUGGAUGUCUGUGCUUCUACUCCCAUAGAUGCAAGAAAAGCCUAUGAGAGGAAGCUGGAGAUCACAGACACCUGGGGGAAAAACGUGAACGUUGAUGAAUUCAUAGAGUAUGUCCAUUCCUACACGGAGAACUUUCCAAAUGAUGCAUUCCAAGGGGUCCUGAAGCAUCUCAGUCAGUGUGCUGCUGACUUCCAAGAAUCCAUCAGGCGUGAUACAUGCAGGCAGAUGUUUAUUGAUCUCUUCCUACAUUGUGAUCGUGGACAGGUUGGUGUCUUGGAUAGACCCCAAAUACUUGGCCUUCUGGAGCAGUUCUAUGAGAGGAGCUCUGUGUGUGCCAGGAGGAGAUUCCGCAACCCCAAACAGUGGCCAAUAGUUGAACUGCAAGAGGUCAGACUGGAGGAUCUGUGGGGAGACCUUGAGGACCAGGAAGAUUAUGAGGAACCCAGAGAAGGUUUGGUUUUGUCUCAACCAGAGAUUUCUGAGAGAGAAGUUUUAGCACGUGAACCUGCAGGUGAAAACAGGCAGGGAAGUGAUGGAACAAUGGAACAAAUGGAUGUGAGUGAAACAGAGACCGGAGGAAUUCCUAAGGAAGAAAACCAAGCAGCAGAAUCAGGUGGUGCUGAGGACACUGCAGAGGCCAUGGAGGAACCUCCUGCAAGAAAAGAGGGUUUCACAAGUCAGCACAGCAACUGGUUUGAACAGCAGACAAGCUCAGGGACAGCACUGCAGGAUGAGGACUGUCUGCAGGAGCCAGGUGAAGACCUCCACCCCACCGUGGCAGACAUUCGGAGUCGCAGUGCUCCUCGUGCUGGGAGCCCCUUUGAUGGAAGCUGCCUCAACCUGCCGCGCUUUGUUCAGCUGAUGGAGACAUUCCUCGGGGAAGGCAUCGCUCUGCCUGCCGUCAAGGGGCUCGUUGGGUUCAUCAAAGAAGAAUACAAACAGACCGAAGAGGAAAAAGUGAAACAACUAGAAAAGGCACAUCUCAUCUCUCGUUCGGCCCGACGGGAACGGCUUCUGGAGGCACUUUUUGAGAAGUGGGACAUCAAUGCAUCUGGGUUUCUGGAGAUGAAAGAGGUGGAGGCUGCUAUGAAUACAUUCAAGGAAGGAAUGGAAAAAGAAGCUGUGAGGAAAGCAAAAAACCACUUUUGCUCACGUUACCCUCAGCUUGGCAGAGUGGGGAAGCUAUCCCCAAAGGCAUUCCAGGCUUUCCUUGAGUUGGUGGCUUCUGAGCUCACUGGGGAUGAAGAUGAAGUUAUUGAUAACAUUGUGGAAUUUUUGACCACGAGAGUGGAACGAAGUCACAUGGAGUGCUUGCAAAGCUUGGCGAGGAGGAGGUGGCUGCACAACAUCCAGCGGGCAGCUGAGAGCAGCGGAGCACGCAUGGACCCGGUGUACGACGCCGUGCUCAAGGCCCUCCUCAAGGAUGCAGAAGCCCACGGGGAUAACAAGAAGAUCAGUGCAUAUAUUGCCCUUUUGGAAGAAAACCAGCUCUCACCAGAGCGGGGACAGAGGCUCCUGCGCUAUGUGGCAUGCACCACAGAUGAUGCUCCGUAUGUUCUAAACCAGGCACUCUACAGAGACAUGAAAGGAGUAAGCUUUGCAGCUGUUGAAGAGGAAAAGCCCAUCCAUGUCCCAAGAGUUCAGCUCCAUGGAAAUAUCCACUUCUGGAACCAGGACCGCCCAGCCGAGCAGAGGAGAGGCUCAUUCCUGGUGCUGCCAUUGCAGGAUGCUCACUGGAGAGUCUUUGGCAUUCUGGGACUUGAUACUCUUCGAGAUGAGAACGAGAAAACCAUCUUCCUGACCCAUGAGAUCAGCUUCUACCAGGGAGUUUCUCAUGCAUUCAGCAAAGCCUACCAGCAUGUGUGUGCACUAGGAAGUGUUCUGCAAAUGGCCCUCACUGCUCUGGACUGGUUGUAUCACAGAGUGCCCAGCAUCCACGCUGUCAGCAUGUACCUGGUGGAGCCUGGCAAUGAUCAGACGUGCGACUAUGCUCUGCGCAGAAUGAUUGCUACAGACAGUACAGGACAAAAGGAAAUCCAGUCCUCUCCCAUCCUCCUCCUCAGAAAAGAGAACCUUUUCAGAGAUUACCUGUUUAAGUGCAGAGACUGCUCAGAGGUUGUUUGCAGUUCUGUCUGUGGAGAACAGCACAUAGCAGUGCCUCUCCGGGACCUGUCGGGACGAGCUCUGGGGUUAUUUGAUAUCAGCAUUGGACCCCAGCAGACAUUACCUCCCCACGAACAUAAGGACCUGCAGAGAAUGCUGAAGAUGGCCCAAGCUGCCUGUUCAGAACUGCUGAAGAUGCCUUCAGAGGAAGCCAAAGCAAGCUGUGUACUGGAGGCAGAACACAGGAAUGUGAGGCAUGCAGGGAUUGUCUUCCACCGCUUCAUGCUGCAGGACCUGCGUGAGUGUAUCCACAAACUGAAUGCCGAGAGCUUUGCUGAAAUCAGGAGCAAUGAAGACCCACCAGCUCUGGUACAUAACAUAAUGAAGGCUGUGCUGUUGCUUUUACAUCCAGAGUGGGAGGGCACAGAGAAGACUGAGAACUGGAAUCAGUGCAUACUGCAACUUGAUGACAAUUUAAUUCAAGAGAUGUAUUGCUUUGAUCCCACUGCUGCAUCUGUGCACGUUCAAGCAGAGCUGGUGCAGAACUGUAUCAAUGGGGCGCCUCAGGCAGCAGUUUGGCCGCAGGGUUCCAUAGCAGCCCGGCUCCUGGAGUGCUGGGUGCACACCUGCCUGUGCCUGGUCCAGCUGACAGAGAACACACGGAGCAACGCGGCCCCAUCCUGUAGCACUGCCCACAGCAACGCCUCCUGUUAAGACCACCAGCUGCUCACCUAACCCAGCUCCUGAUAAGGAGCACUGUAAUGAAACACUGCUUCAUUAAUUGUUUGCUUUUAUUAGUUAUGCACUGCAACUCAGCACUCGUCAAGACAGUUAGGUGCCAUUAAGGGCAGUAAAAACAUUGCAAGGAAAUACUUUUGCGAGUAUGAAUCUAUCUGCUAAACCUUAAAAAGGCUGCUUGAGGCUUUAUUAUUGAAGUUCCAGUAAGAGAGGCUGGGAACACUUGAUGGCAGCAGCACUCAUAAGCCAUGCAGCACAGAAG